AUGUCCCUCAUCACCACCCCCGUCACCCAGCUGCUGGGCAUCCAGCACCCGAUCCUCCUGGCUGGCAUGGGCCAGACGUCCGGCGCGCCUCUCGCGGCCGCCGUGUCGAAUGCCGGCGGCCUCGGCGUGAUCGGCGGCGUCGGAUACACGCCCAAGAUGCUCAGGGAGAUGAUUGAUGAACUGAAAGCCGAACUCAAGGACCCGUCCCUCCCCUUCGGCGUCGACCUGUUGAUCCCCCAGGUCGGCGGCAAUGCGCGAAAGACCAACCUGGACUACACCAAAGGCAACCUCGACGAACUCGUCGACAUCAUCAUCGCGGGCGGCGCCAAACUCUUCGUCUCCGCUGUGGGCGUCGCGCCCAGACACGUCGUCGACAAACUCCACAAGCACGGCGUGCUGUACAUGAACAUGAUCGGACACCCCAAGCACGUCCAUAAGGCGUGUCAGGCGGGCGCCGACAUCAUCUGUGCCCAGGGCGGCGAAGCUGGCGGACACACGGGCGACACGGCGACGAGUGUCCUGAUCCCCGCCUGCGCCGACAUCGUCAAGAACUACACCUCCCCCCUGACGGGCCAACCCGUGCACCUCGUGGCGGCCGGCGGGAUCUACGACGGCCGCGGCAUCGCGGCGGCGCUGAUGCUGGGCGCGUCGGCCGUGUGGGUGGGCACGCGGUUCGUGACGGCGCAGGAGUCCGGCGCGCCCGAGGCGGCCAAGCGCGCCAUCAUCGCCGCAGACUUCGACAGCACCAUCAAGUCGACCAUCUGGACGGGGCGGCCGCUGCGCGCCCUGGCCACGCCCUACGUGCGCAACUGGGAGGCGAACCGGCGCGACGAGAUCCUGGAGCUGCAGAGUCGGGGCAUCAUCGCGCUGCACCACGAGAUGGAGAAGCUGGAGAAGGUCGGCGGCAUCACCGAGGAGAUUGAGGACCAGUCGACGCUGAGACCCAUGGGCCAGGUCGCCGGCCUCGUCAACACGCCGAACCAGACGGCGGCCGAGAUCGUGGCCGAGAUGAUGGACGGCGCCGUCAAGGUGCUCAGCAGUGCCGCAGGGUAUUUGAGGCCGAGUGCCAAACUGUAA